AUGGGGGUCCAAAAAACAUUCACCAUCGUCCCGCCCGCCGGGCCGGCCACGCGGACCCCCGUCGAUAAUCGCCCUAUGACAUCCAAACAAGUACGCAAGGCCUACCAAGCUGCCAAUCGUGUGCCACGUCUGUCCAAAGCAGAGCGCAUAAAGCAAGAGAGAGCCGAACAGGAGCGUAUUCGAAAGGAGUUUGAGAAGGAGAAGGCUGCUGCCAGGGCCAAGUUCCUGAGAGAGAAAAAGAAGGCAAAGGAAGAGGCAGAGAAACAGGAGAAGAAGAAGAAGGGCCUGCCGCUCGUGACGGUCCGGCCAAGCCAAGACACCAUUGCCAAAUUCUUCCGAGGAAAUGGAUUGGGUCACAAGAGGAGCUGCGAGGGCGAGGACGUGGGUGAGGCUACGGAUACGAUGAAAGCCCCGGAAUUACCUGCCGUGGAAGAGCUGGCAGAAGAAGACGAUGAGGAUGAAGAUGAUUUCCCAAGCCCCAAACGCCUAUGCAAUGAAAAAGAGCAAGAUGGAAAAGUUGGCGAGGGAGUAGAGCGAAAUGGGGGACAUACGUCUCCAAUGCCUGAAGAAACCUGUGUUGAGUCUCGUGUUAUUGCUGAGGAAAAGCAAAACGAGCUUACCAUAGAAGAUGACUUUUUCGAUGGGUUCGAAAUACUGUCUGAUGAGGAGAUGUCAAAGCUGUCCUUUAACGAAACGGGCACAUAUAUUGGCGUGGACAACAGAAAGGAAGACGCAGCGCCACAGUCCCCCCUGAAACUAGACGCUAUUCAAGUUGGAAAUUCGAAGAGCCAUCUACACGACAAGGCUAUAACUAUAAGUCACCAACCCAGUCCUAUCAAGUCAAAUAAGCACCCUGAACUCGGAGAUUCCCAAGAAUUUGAUUUGAUGUUCGGCGAUCAUGAGGAUUUGGAAUUGGAAACACAGAAGAGCCAUCUACACCACAAGGCUACAACUCACCAAUCCGGUCAAGUCAAGCCAACCAAGAACCCUGGACCAGGAGAUUCCCAAGAAUUUGAUUUGAUCUUCGGCGUGCUACAGUCUCCUGUGGAACUCGACAUUGUUCCAGUUGAAAAUCAGAAGAGCCAUCUACACGACAAGGGCACAAAUUACCAAUCUAGUCCUAUUAAGUCAACCAAGAACCUUGAAACAGGAGAUUCCCAAGAAUUUGAUUCGAUUUUCGGCAAUGAAGAGGAUUUGCAGGAAUUGGAAAUGCUGGCUUUUGACGUUAUCUCGGCUUUUCAGCGAACACCUGCCAAGGAUUCUAUAGAGACGCCUUUGCCACGAAGCCCUCAGAAUUCGAGACGCAAGACGACCGCUCAUGAGUUGGAUCUUGAGCUUGCCGCCGACUCUGAUCCUGACAAAGAAACUCAUCGGGCAAAAAGCCAAAAGGAGCAUGACCAAACGUCUCUUAUGCCACCGCCACCAAUACCUUCGGCUCCGCGGCCCUCAAUCUCUUCCAUUUCGCCAGUAGCUGCGGAAUCGCAAGCACCGCCUCUCAGCACACAACAAAUCCUCUUUAACAUGGACGAUUUCUUUCCGUCUUCCUCGCAGCAGGCGGCUGAGCUGGAAGACGAAGAAAUUACAUUCACCUCUCCAAUCAAAUCGAGACCGCCGCCAGAAGCUCGGACUCCGAACUCACCGCGGGUAUCCCAAAAAGGCUCGUUACCUAUGGGAUCUCUAUCCUCGUCGUCGCCUGAAACACCCAAGCCAUUCUUUACUGCUUCUGGGUCCAAUGAGAGAAUGGCUGUGGCUUUGCUUCGAAGUCGACGAACAGCCGAGCAAGAGGAGGAGCGGAGACGGCAAACAGCGCAGUUGGAGCUUGCUGAGUUUGAAAAGGUUAGAAAGAAAGAGGCUGAGCGCCGUGCUCGAGAAGAGAUGCUAGCGGCUGGCAAAUUGAAGCCCAAGCAUGCAAAUCAUGCAGCUCCAAGAGCCGGACGCGACGACGCGCAGCUUUCGAAUCCAGCGAGCCCAGCCCUUGCAAGGACAUCGCAGUUUUCGGCAAGGAAGAGACUCAUCAUGAACGACAACCGCACCGCCAUAAAGCCCACGCCACAGAGAACACCGCUUAUCGAAACAAACCCAAAGACUAUUAGGCCGGAUACGAAAUCACCCACUGUAGCCAAUAUGAGCAGAAAGGUUACUUCUCUCGGCAGCAAUAUUCGACCGUCUCCCUCCUCUUUUACACCUCACAACGCCAACAGGAUGAUGGUCCAAGAGGCGAGGCAUCAAUACUCAUCUCCAAAGCACGCAAACACACCCAUCAUAUCAGCUACAAAACCGAAAGACGCCAAUACCUCUCUCGAGUCUAACGAGUCUAAGUGCCCGCCAGCUUCUCAGGAGUCGGAAUUCGGCGGUAGCUGGAUGGACGAGCUGGCGACGGAGCUUUCCUUAUAA